GCCAAACCAGGCAAGGAUGGCACUGCAGAGUGCCUCACAUCUCUGCCAGGAUAGCUGUCGGAGCCCAGGAUUUUGGUGUGGUUCUUGCAGUCACAGGAAGGCACCUCGGUCCGCUCUGGUGGAUGUGGCAUGUGGGUGGCUCUGGCUCCGUUCGUAACGGAGCUCUGCACUGAAGAUGGAUGAUUUAGCUCUCCUUGACCUGUUGGAGUGUCCUGUGUGCUUUGAAAAGCUCGAUGCCACAGCGAAGGUGCUACCUUGCCAGCACACUUUCUGCAAGCCCUGCCUGCAGAGGAUCCUGAAAUCCCAGAAGGAGCUCAGGUGCCCCGAGUGCAGGACCCUCGUCCUCUGCAGCAUCGAGCAGCUGCCCUCCAACCUGCUCCUAAUUCGCCUCCUGGAUGGAGUCAGGUGUGGACAAAACGUUACCAGGUUUGGCUCCAUCCCGAGGUCGGGGGUCCUGUCCUCGCCUGCCUCCAUCCGCAGAGUCCCCAGGGGGCUGCAACUUCAGCAGCAGCGUCUGGCAACGAAUCCCAGGAUCCACAUGGAAGGGGUUCCGCGAGCCAAGGCCCUGUACACCUACCGAGGACAAAACCCUGGGGAGCUGAGGUUCAAUAAGGGGGACAUCAUCGUGCUGCUGCGACAGCUGGACGAGAACUGGUACCUGGGGGAGGUCAAUGGGAUCAGUGGCGUUUUCCCAGCCAGCUCCGUGCAAGUCAUCAAGCACCUGCCCCUGCCGCAGCCCCUCGGCAGAGCACUCCACAACUUUGACCUGAGGAGCAGGGAUAAGACUGAAAACAAGGACUGCCUGGCGUUUCACAAGCCAAACACCACUGCAAGACAACUCCUGCAAACCAGCAAAAGCCAGUGGUCCCCUCAGUUUAAGUGCACGUCCCUACGAACGGCAUCUCCCAAAGCAAAAGGCGUGGAUUCGCUGCCGUUCCCCAAGGUGCCCGACUCCAGGCGGAAGAGCCUGCGGCAGUUCUCCAUCACCACUGCCCUGAACACCCUCAACAGGAUGGUCCAUGCACCCGCUGAGCGGCAGGCACUGGAGAUCAGCUCCCCCGUGCUCAUCAGUUCCAGCAACCCCACCGUGGCCACCCAGAGCAGCGAGAAGGAGGAGUUUCCCUACAGCACCCCUCUCCAGGUCAGCUCAUCUUACUACCCCGCAUCAGGAUCGCUGGGGCACUCAGCAGCCGUCGUGACUCUUCCCCAUCUGCAGCACCACAUCCCAGCUUACCUGUGCGUGGCUCUCCAUUCCUACGUGGCUCAUGGACCAGACGAGCUGGAGCUGCAGAAGGGAGAAGGGGUCCGUGUCUUUGGGAAGGACCACGAUGGCUGGCUGCGGGGCAUGUCCCUCGUUACUGGGAGAGCGGGGAUCUUCCCCAGCAACUACGUCGCUCCCCUCUUCAGGAAACCUAACCUCUCUGACUCGAAGAUGCCUUCCCUGUACACCUCCUGGACGCUAUCGACCUCCUCACUCUCCUCUCAAGGGAGCAUGUCAGAAAAUGGCCCAAGACAGAGCAGAGCUCUGAAACCAGUGCUGCUGCCCGUGCCCGUCACCUCGCCAGGCAGGAGCGCGGCUGCAGCCUCAGGACAGGCAUCGCUGCGGCGUGGCCGCGGCAGCACGAGGAAGAAUGGAUCCCUGCAGAGGCCCGGGCAGGCAGGGACACUCGUGCAGGUUGCUGGCUCCCUCAGGCGUCCUCCCACGGCCGUGGUGCGACCUCAGCAGUUUCAGCUUUAUCAGCACGUCAGCCUGCCGUCGCACAGCAUCACCCCUGGAGCCGGCACGGCUGAGGCAGGAACGAGGCCAAACUUCUCCCAUGACACUUCACCAGUGCUCAUGGCCAGAGGAGGGGAAAGCAGAACUCCUUCCGUGUGCAGCUCGGUGAUCCUGGAUGCCAAAGACCCUCUAGCAAAGAGCGAGGCAGCUCCAAAGCCACCCGCAUCUGCCCCACCAUCCAUCCUAGUCAAACCGGACACCUCCCGCAACACCACUGAGAAGCAAGUGAAGACCGUAAGGUUCCAGAACCACAGCCCCCCGCCACCCAAGCGGCACAGCCUGCAACCUUCGCCAAGCCUGCCACGUGGCAGGAUGGAGCCCGCAGCUGCGGUGGAAGCUCUCCUGGCACAAGGCAGCCUGCCAGGUCCCGAGUUGGCAGUGCUCUACUCGCCCAGGAUCACCUCCAGCCCCCUGCCCCAGCGACCAGCACUGCACUCAAAGGCGCUGUCGCUGGACCUCUCAGGGCAGCUGACUUUCCCUGUCAAGAAGAACUACAGCAGCAUUUCUGCAAACUGAGAGGGUAACUCCUCUGCUUGCUUUCCUCCACACGCCUGCCCCUCUCCUUCAUCCUAUGAGAGGCAAGAGCCCCAGACCACCAUGCCAGCCCCCUCUGCUCCCCACCCCACAGCCAGGGGAGUGUUCUCCAUGCCACCAGCACCCUCAGGACCUGUGAGCCUGAGGCUUGGAGAAGCUCCCAAGGGAGCAGGAUGGGACAGGACAGCAUCCGUCCCUGCCCAGAUGGAUGGAUCCCUGGCCCCUUCUGCACCGUCCGUGGCUGGAGGAGCCCUGGGGCUGCUGCAAGCAUCAGAGAGAUGCGAGUGGGUUUGUGGAAUCCACAAACCUGAUGUUCCUUGGUGCCGUGCAAGGCUGCCUGUAAGGUACCAGAGGAGGAGCAGGAGGGGAAGAAAGUGUGCAGGGAUCAGAAAUAGUUAAGCUUGUUUUGAUCUCCUCACUGCUGCAGGAAAGCCCACAGAGAUCAAAACACCGUUUCAUUACCUUCCUGCUUCUGCAGGAUAAAGAAACCAUAAAUCAAACUCAGUCAGUUCCCAGCUGACAGCCGGGUUGCCUUUGGAGGGGCUUCACUCCGAUUUUCUGCUAGGUUCAUUAGUUGCUUGCUUUUCUGUUUGGUUUCAGUCCAGGAGGUUUAACACCAAACACAGUUUAAAAGGUGAUUUGGAAAGGAAAGAGACAAUGGGAAGGGAUGUGCUGUUACCACAGUCCUUGAGACUCUGCAGACAGGGCUAUCAAAUCUCUCUUCUCCUCUUGGCUUGGUUUCCUCUAAUUACCUGUCAGCUACCUCCUAACAGUCCCCGAGCUCAUUCCAGCUCCUUCCCACCACCCACCAGUCAGAUAGGGCUUCUGUAAGAAUCCUAAGUAGAACUCAGGAAGUUGUCUACAUUAAGAUGCAUGAAACAUUGCCUACGUAACAGAAAGCAGAACUCAGGGUUCGCUGUGCCACAGACCACCUCUCUGCCACAGCAGCUCCAGUUUUCAGCUGACCCCAUUUCAAGCGUCCUGCUGUGAAUCUGUGGAAAAGCAGGCCAAGCCGGAGAGCAGCACCCAGCUUACCAGCUGGGACCACUCUCCAGCAAACCCCUGCAAACACCUUUUGUUUUUUCACGCUUCGCUUUUAUUGCCAGUUUAGACCAGCAAUUCCCACCCCAGCCACAACCCCCAGCCACCAGAUCUCCAAACAGCAGCAGCUGCGUUCAGUGCAGAGCUUCUGGAAAAUCACAUCCUUGGUUAAUUGCUCACAAACCCCAGGCAAUUAACUCCUCUGGCAUGCAGAAACACUCUGAGCACCAGCACAGCCUCAGAGAAGGCUGUUAUCUUCUGGAACUAAGGAAAAAAAGUCUUUUACUGGUCCACAGCCCCCAUCCUCUUACUCUUCCAGACCUUUUCUGUUUGUGGAGCAGGAAGCUGGCGCCUGCCUGCAGGGAUCUGCGGCAGCACAGAAACCACCCAUGGCACAGACAAACUCUUCAUCUUGUGUUCUGUGUAACUAUUUAAGCUCCUACGGAAAAACCCUGACAAAUUGAAAAUGUAGGGUUUGCCCAGGUACAAAAGGUGGUUCAAGCUGCAAAUAAGAGGUGAGCAGGACUCAGCAAGGCCACCUCAAAGGCAGCCGAACAUCUUGGAGAGGACACGCCAGUUCUUUGCUGAAGAUUCCUCUUAUCUCUUCAAAACUAAACCAGAAAACCUCACACGUUGUCUCCGUAGCCAAGAACACCCCCACUUCCCCCAAGCACACUCAGAAAUAAACAGAAUCGUGUUAAGUGCGUCCAGGACCAGCCCAGGCAGUAACUUACAGUGGUGGUUUGGAGGGGAAGGUGCUGUCUGCCCACGUCAGGCUCCAGCUGUGAUCGCACACCAACGAGAGGGCAGACAGCCCAGUCUGUAAUCGGCUGACAGAGCAUCCAGUGCAUUCCAGCAGGUGACCUCCCCAGAGACCAACAGGAGAUGGAGGCAUGGGUGAUUGGAGCCACACGAGAAUUAGUUGUGCAGAUGGAAAUGCCAGCUUCCAAGGGAAGCUUGCAGAAAGAAGGAGCAGCAGGAAACAUGAAGCCCAGCUGAAUAUUUGGCAGGGACAUUGUGGGUGGGGAAGGAAGGGGAACUUCUGCCUUUUACUGCCUCCAAAAAGCAGCGUCCUCAUCUCAUGCCAACAGAACAAAGCCAAGGUGUAACAGGGCUGCCUUGGGCAGUGUUUGCUGAGCAGGGUGAAGCAGUGGAAGCUGGGCUGCACCCUAGGGAGGGAACAGGCGAUCCCUGCACACACACAAUGGCAGAUGCCAAUCCCGAGGUUUAUGCUCUGCAACGAGAGGCAGCCACAAGACCUUCAGCUCCAGCAGAGUUCAGUGUCCCCAGAGAGCCAGGGAGGAGAUAACGAGCCAGGGACACUGGUGGUUCCAAUCUAAGAUAUUUCCUUGUUAUUGGUGAUGAACCCUGCCCUGCAAGACCCUGGUACCUGUUUCACCAGCAGCUCAGAAGGAGCAUUCCUUGAGGCUGGUGGGCACAUCAGUAACUGCUGGUGUUCAGGAGGGAGCUCUGUGGAAUCCGCAUGCAGGGACGCAUUUGAAGAUGAGGGGCAGAAAGAAAACAACAAACAGUAACACCAGGGGCUUCCAAGAGAUGACGUCAGUCACCUUGGAAAUGUAAUCAACAAGUGGGGCAGGUUUACCCACGAGAGGCAAGUGUGUGAGGCCAGGCAACAUGGGCGAAUUCAAAGUUCAGUUUGGGGCUGCAAAAUGAAAAGCUCAGAGAGCAAAGGGGAAAGGUGACUGUGGCUCCAUUUCUUACACCUCAGUCCUGCCACCAAAGCCCAGACAUAAGGAAAGACAGCACCUCCUUUGGAGCUUCAGGGGAGACUAAGAGCAACAGGAAAAGCCAAAGGUGCUCAGCACUUAAGACUCAGUGAACCAUAAAGGUUUUCUGCAUAUCUGGGCUGACAACAGCUGGAUACUGCUCAGAUUAUCAGUUCAGAAUAUCGCCUUCCAUGGAACAAAACCACCCUCUUAUCCUCUCACAUCAAGAUAAAGAGCAAUAAGGUUUCACAGCACCUGUGCACACAGGGAAGCUUGCAGAACUGUUCAGCCCAUUCUGUGAUACGGAAGACUUGAGACGAAUACACCAAAAUGCACCACAAAUCUCUCCUGUACUCGGCCCUUCACCGGCUGUGUUACAGCAGCAAGGGACAGCAUUGGGCUAAUGGGGACAGAGCGGGCUCUGACACUCUUGCACGUGCACACACACAGUCAUGGGCAAUGGCCAAGAAAGGAAGCACUGACAGAAAGCAUGGUUCUGUGGUAAAAGAGCAGGCAGCUAUUUUGGGACAAAUCUCUCAAGUUUCUUGCACAGGAUGUUUCGGUGCUUUGAUGCUAUGGUGAUAAGUGCCCUAAAUAUAUUCAAAAUAUGUAGGGAGAGAGAACUGAAAACAAGAUGUAUUUUAAAGCAAUAGCUCUAAUAAGCAUCUUGUUCCCAUAGACGUACCUGUCCACUGGUUCCACUCUGCAGUCCACAGGGCCCAAACACCCUCCUCUCCUCAUCUUCUCUCCUCCUCUCCUGGCAACACCUGGGAGGAGGCAUCUGGAUUGCAUCACCUCACCACGGUACAUCCAAAGGAAAGGGGACUCAAACUCAGUCUUUUCUCUUCCAAAGCCCAGGCUAAAGGACAACCUGGAGCUUUGCCACAAGCCCUGAGCAAGGUGGUGCCCAACAAGUGGCCCUUGUCUACACAGAGAAGCCGGGGAAGAAAUCAACUGGGUCUGUCGGGGAGCAAUUCUCCAAGUGCAAAGACUAAAAACGUCAGUUCUGGAACCACUGCUCCCACACCUUCGCUCUGCAAGCAGAGUCCCCACUCCAGGUUCCUGGAGCAGGAGCAAGCUUUGUGGUUCUUGUUUCAUCUCUAGUGCUGCCUGAAGCACUUUGCACCUUUCACAGAGAUCUGCUUCCAACCCUGGUCAACUCUGGCUGCUGCUAUCCAAGUUUUAUUUUUUUAAUUGGGUAGCAAUGAAAACGGAGGCAUCACAUGCUGGCAGGAGGGUGGCAGCUUUACAUGGAGGUGGGCGAGAGCUUCAAGGGUUUCUGUUCUUUCUAUAAAUAUAUUUAACUUCCCUCUUCUCUCCCCAUCCUUCAGACUCUCUCCAGCCUCAUUUCCCCAUUGAGGAGAGGUUAGACAGCAGCACUGGGACCCUGCUUUCCCAUUGCCGAGUUGGCCAGGAUGGCCCAUGGGGAAAGGACACUCUUUUUCCCCAGGGAAGUCUCCCCACGGUCUGGAGAGGCUGUUCCAAGUCCCAGCCCUGCUGGGCCUCCAAGUCUGCACUCUCCUGUUUCACCACAAACUAGCACAGGAAGCACAGAGUGCAAAGAAAACAACAUUAGGGAAAGCAAAAUACAAUUGCAAGUGUCCUGCAGCACAAGAUAUUUCUAUAAUGAAAACAUAUUGUUUGCUGCCCUCCCAGGUGCAGGCAUAGGCAGGCUGAUCCAGGCUCUCUCCACCCAGAGCAUCAUGUUUGUCAGUGGAAUGCAAGAACGCAGCUCUGGGAAAGUGCAUAAAGCAGCACACAUGGACGGAGGGACAGUU